AUGAAUACUAGCGAAAUUUCGACGGCAGAAGAGAUAGAUUACGAGGCCCUACCUGACUCAGCACCACUAUCUCACCAGUUAUUAGCUGGUGCAUUUGCAGGUAUCAUGGAACACUCUGUUAUGUUCCCCAUUGAUGCUUUGAAGACACGAAUACAAUCAACAUCUGCUAAGUCUACAUCUAAUAUGUUAUCACAGAUGGCUAAAAUAUCUACUGCUGAGGGAUCUCUUGCCCUAUGGAAGGGUGUCCAAUCAGUCAUACUUGGGGCUGGUCCCGCUCAUGCUGUCUAUUUUGCCACAUAUGAAUAUACAAAGAAAUAUCUAAUCGAUGAAAAGGAUAUGCAAACUCAUCAGCCUCUAAAGACGGCAUUAAGUGGUACUGUAGCAACCAUUGCUGCUGAUGCUCUAAUGAAUCCAUUUGAUACUUUAAAGCAGCGGAUGCAAUUGAAUACUAAUACUACAGUAUGGAACGUUACAAAGCAAAUUUAUAAAAAUGAAGGGUUCUCAGCCUUUUAUUACUCUUACCCAACAACUUUAGCCAUGAACAUCCCCUUCGCUGCAUUCAAUUUCAUGAUUUAUGAAUCUGCUACUAAAUUCUUUAACCCAACAAAUGAUUAUAAUCCAUUGGUUCAUUGUUUGAGUGGUGGGUUAAGUGGUGCCACGUGCGCGGCAAUAACGACUCCAUUAGAUUGUAUCAAGACUGUUUUACAAGUAAGAGGUAGUGAAUCUGUCUCCUUACAAGUUAUGAAGGAGGCCAACACUUUCCAGAAGGCUACGAAGGCAAUUUACCAAGUUCAUGGUGCCAAGGGUUUUUGGAGAGGGUUACAGCCAAGAGUGUUCGCUAAUAUGCCCGCUACGGCUAUCGCAUGGACUGCAUAUGAAUGUGCCAAGCAUUUUUUGCUAGGUUAA